AUGGCCCAAUCCCCGCCGGGCUCGCCCUCCCACACCGCGUUCAAUCGUCCCCUGAGCCUCAUCAUGCGCCCGCCGCGAAGUAACAGCCGGAUGAGCGUCGGCAGCAAGCACUGUGGCAGCGGCGUCUCAGACGAGGAUGGCAAGACGGCCGUCAAAGUCGUCGUCCGCGUCCGGCCGCCCCUGCAGCACACUGACCCGGGCUUCGAUCUCAUCCCCCAGCGAUUUCAGCGCCCGACAGUCCACGUAACCUCGCCCACCAACCUCGCCAUUGAUGCUCCGCAGGGCCGCAAGCUGUUCGUCUUUGACCGCGUCUUUGGCGAGUCUGUCGACCAGGAAGGAAUCUGGGACUACCUGCACGACAGCGUCAAUUCCUUCAUCCAGGGCUACAACGUCAGCAUCCUCGCCUACGGACAGUCCGGCGCUGGCAAGUCGUAUACCAUGGGCACCUCCGGGCCCUCGGAACAGAACGACUCCAAGGCAAUGGGGAUCGUCCCGAGAGCGGCGCAGAUGCUGUUUGAAAAAUUGACAGGUGCGCCUGCGACUCACAAUAGGACGGUUUCCGGCUCCACGGUGAGCGGUCUGAGGACGCCGCAGCGAUACUCCAAUUCUUCCUCCCUACCGACUUUUGGUCGCGGGUCUACCGAGAAGAGUUGGCAGAUGCGGGCCACCUAUGUCGAGAUAUAUAAUGAACAACUACGGGAUCUCCUACUCCCCGAAACUACUCCCCCAAAUGAGCGGAAUACAGUCACCAUCCGCGAAGACACAAAGGGCCGCAUCAUCCUCACAGGACUACACCAAAUAUCCAUCAACUCCGUCGAAGACCUCAUCAACGCGCUAAAUUUCGGUUCGGCAAUCCGCCAGACGGACUCGACCGCAAUUAACGCCAAAUCUUCCCGCUCUCACGCCGUCUUCAGCAUCAACCUCAUCCAACGCAAGGACGGGUCCGCCCAGCCUCUGUCCGCGCAGGAGAAACGGUUCUCCAUGCCAGCCGAAUCUCCACCCGGUGCUGACCAGGUUACUGUAGAUAGCAAGCUGCACUUUGUCGAUCUAGCAGGCAGUGAACGCUUGAAGAACACCGGUGCUUCAGGUGAACGUGCCAAGGAAGGUAUCUCCAUUAACGCCGGUCUCGCCAGCUUGGGAAAAGUCAUCUCCCAGCUCUCAUCCCGCCAGCAGGGAUCCCACGUCUCCUACCGCGACUCGAAACUCACCCGCCUCCUCCAGGAUUCCCUCGGAGGUAACGCAAUCACCUACAUGAUCGCCUGUGUCACUCCGCCAGAGUUCCAUCUCUCAGAGACCCUCAACACCGUCCAGUACGCCCAGCGUGCUCGCGCCAUACAGAGCAAGCCACGCAUUCAGCAAGUGUCGGAUGAAAGCGACAAGCAGGCCGUCAUCGAACGACUCAAGGCUGAGGUUGCCUUUUUGCGUCAACAGAUUCGCAACUCCGACGGCGGCGAGCGUGAUCGCCGUACCACAACGCCACAGGAGCGAUCAGAACGUCAAAACGAGCGUGAGAUCGAGCUCCAGAACCACCUGCUUGAUGUCCAGGAGAGCUACACCGCGCUCAGCCAACGACACGCCAAGCUCAUCUCCGAGCUCACCAAGGCAUCCUCCACCGAGAUGGGAGACGUCGAUGAUCUCAAGCACGUCAUGGGCGACACUUCGAUGGAAAGGUUGAAGCGAUCCCACUCAUUCGCCGAGUCCGUCGAACAGGUUGUCCUCGAAUAUGAAAAGACCAUCCAAUCGCUUGAGUCGUCCCUCUCUCACACCCGCGCUUCGUUGUCCAGUACGGAAAGCAGCCUGCUCGAGCGUGAGACCAAGUGUGCCUACGUCGAGACCGUCAACGGCCAACUUCAAGCACGCAUGCAAAAGAUGAUGGACCGCGAGGCGAACACCGAAAGCUACUUGCAUGAUCUCGAAUCGAAACUUGACGGACACGCAACUGGCGAAGAGAAGAAUGCUGCCAUCGUAGCCGAGCUUCGAAAAGAGUUGAACCGCGCGCGGGAGAACGAGGCUAGUUGCGAAGACUACAUCUCUACAUUGGAAGAGCGACUGGCGGAAGCUGACCAGGAUAUGGAACUGAUGCAAUCGGAGAUGGAUAGGUUGGAACAUGUCAUCGAUCGACAGAGGAGCUUGGGAAAACUUGACAAUCUUUUGUACGAGCUUGACCAUGUCCAGAAUGGCACCAAUGGAACGAAGGAUGGGGAGGAUACUGUCAAGAAGGCGCCAACCUCGCGGCCAAAGAAGACCCGAACUAGAACACAAUCUCUCGACGUCCUUACCGAGGCUGUCGAGACCGCUAUUCCAGAGUCCGACGAUGAUUUGGUUGAAGGUUCUAACCCCUCUUCUAUACAGGAGGAAACUGCUCUCGACCUCGCGAGGGAUGAUGCCGGUCUAGCGGUCCUCGAAAGAGCAACGCCUACCACAUCCACUUUUGGCCGUGAGGAUGAGGAAGAGUACACUCCAAACGCUGCCCAGUCGCAAUUCGUAGCGGAGAAGCUAGAUACGAUCACUCAGGAACUGUUUGAUCUUCGUAUCCAGCACGACCAUGCCAUGAACGAGUACUCCUUACUCAACGCCAAGUACCAGGAGUCACUCCGCGCAAUGGCCGAGCUACAGGAUUCCAUCGACGAGCCUCAGCAUUCCCAGCGUCCACAACCAGCCGUAGCUUUUUUAGACACCAAGCUCGCACAAAAGGGCCGUGUAAAGGUCAACGGAGCCAGCGGUGGAGAACACCAGCCAUCCUCGCGCUCGCUAUCCUCGGAGUUAUCCUCGGCAGAGCAGGGCAGCUCGCUACCAACCUCAUCGGCAGUCGUGGCCAAAUCCGCCCAACAGCCUGCAUCUGAAGCAGAAAGCGAGGUCGUGAAGAAACUCAUGGCCGAACACCAAGAAGCCAUGGCAGCCGUCACAAACAAAUACAGUGAACUGCAGAUGGAGCAUGAUGAUAGCCUAUCCCUUGUCGAAAGCCUGAAGGAGGAAGUCACCAAAUACAAGAAUGCUGCGGCCUCCUCGCCACCUCAUACUCCUAACGUUAUCCGUCGGAUGACCAGCCAGAGCAUGAUGACGGUUGACCGCGCGCACCGUAACUUGUCCGCUCUCCGCAUUCAGGCUGCCGAAGAAUUCGAGUCGCGACCCGAGACAUUGCAGAAUUUCGACCAGAAGAUUGAGUCCGCCUUACGCGAAUUGAAUUCGCGCAUGGAGCGUAUCCAGGCUUUGGAGUCGGAAAAUAAAAAUGUCAAGAAGGAAAUGGAGACAAAGGCUACUAUCAUCUCCGGUCUCACGAGAGAGAGGUCAAGUUUGCAAGCUGUCUCGCCUGUUGAUAUGACUGUCGUCUCGCAGCUGAGAGACCAGGUGGUAAACGCUGAAAACCAGAUGGCCGAGAUGAAGGAGUUGCAUGAAGCCAAGGAGCGUGAGUUGGCCAACGAAAUCAAGUCAAUCAAUGCGCUUGUCGAUGAGCAAAAGGCAGAAUUGAAGUCAAUGCAGGAAGAGGUCGAAAAGCACAAGGCUGCUGCAGAGGAAUGGCAAGGUAAACACCGUAUGGCUGCAGAGGAGCUCUCGGUUGUUCAAGAUCGCCUGCAGGCCUCGGAGAAGCAGGUUCACACUACUAUUGCCGAGCUCGAGGCAUCUUUGGCUAGUGUUGAUGCUAUGCGCAAGGAGAGGAGGGAAGGAGGAGAUAGGUCAAUCGCCGAUACUGCAGCCAACGCAGAUGCUUUGGAGAAAGAGAGGUCUCAACACCAGGAGCUGGUUGACAGUCUCAAACGUGAGAUUGACGGCCACAAGGCGACUAUUGGCGCACACUUGGCCAAAAUCUCCACUCUCGAAAGUGAUCGUGCGGAUUCUCGUGCUAUUCUCGAUGAUAAGACCGGCACGGAAGAUGAGCUCAAUACCCACAGAAACCGCGCUGCUGAGCUUUCCAGAGAUAUCGACGUGCACAAGUCAACUGUUGAAGCUCAGCGAUCUGAACUCGAGACCCUACAGGUUGCGCACAAGCGUGAGCUUAUGGAGCUAGAAACCAAGACUAAAGCCGCUGUGGAAGCACAGUAUGAGUCUCAGCUAGCCGAGAAGGCCUCCGCCCACGAAUCUGCUCUCGAGGAACUCCGUGCCGAGCUUACUAAAUCAAAGGAUGAAUCCUCUCAGAUCCUCAAGACGAUCACGUCCCUUCUGAAAACUCAAACUCCUGUGACAACCUUCACCCUAACAGACCAGCUACAAGAUGUUCUGUCCCAGAAAGACCAGUUCGCAGAUAAAUACUCCAGUCUCAUGGAUACGAACGAAGACCUGACCCGUCAACUUGACGAGAAGCACGGCACCCACUCCACACUGGAGAAACAGGUUGUCGACCUCAAGAACAAGGCCAACCAGCAUGAGAUGAAGGUCAACGAACUUGCGCUACUGGUAGCGACCCACGAGGAGGCAAUUGCAGCUAAGGAGGCGAUGAUUGAAGAAAUCAAAGCCGAGAAGGAGAAGAGCGUUCGUCUUGUUGAAGAGCUCGAGGAACAGAUUACAUCCUCCUUUGAUCAGCAUCAUAACCGUCUUUCUGUCAUUCAGGCUGAGAAGAGUUUGGCUCUAGAGGAGGCAAAGGCUAAGAUCGCCUUGCAUGACAAGGAGAUUGAGACCUACCGCACCCGUAUUGAGCAACUUGAGUCACAAACGCGUCCUAUCUCUCCCGAAGGCCAUACCAUCGAUCGCUCAAGCACCAUGUCCACCAACCUCCGCAAGAGCUCUUCUGCGGCCUCCCUCCCCUCCCCACCACCAGCUAUCCCCCUUCCACCACUCCCCAACAUCGCUGCAGCUGCCAACCCAGCCAGCAUCUCCCCUCCCUCCUCGCGCCAUCAGAGCAAGGAGCUCGCCAACAACCAGUUUGUUGAAGACCAAGAAGCUCGCAUCCGCACCAUCGAGAAACAUCUGCACGCCGAGAAACAACUCACCGCCACCCUCGAAGAGGCCCUCGGCGAUCUCGAGGCACAGAGUAACAAAGUCAAAUCAGACAUGGAGCUGUGGAAGAAGAAAGCCUGGCAGCUCGAAGAAGAAGUCACAACUCUACGCUCUGAGAGAAACUCCGCACGCCUAUCCCUACAGGCUGUCGAGGAGGAGCGAAGCGCACGACGAGAAGCAGAGGCCGCCCGAGCCCAUUUGGAAGAGAAGAUGAAUGCUAUCAGCAAGAAGAAGAAGAAGAGUACUCUCAACUGCUUCUAG